AUGAUUUAUAGUAAGUAUUUUUUAUUGCCUACAUUUUUAAUGGUGUUAGGCGUAAAAUUUUCUGAAAUUUUUUCAAGCGUUAGAAAUAUGAUGCGAAUUGUUGUAUUACCUGCAUUAUCCGAUAAUUAUAUGUAUUUACUUAUCGACAAUACGACGAAACAAGCGGCAAUUGUUGAUCCUGUCGAUGUGACGAAGAUUACUAAAGCAGUGGAAUCGGAAGGAGUCAAGCUUUGUUCAGCUCUCGUCACUCAUCAUCAUUACGAUCAUGCUGGUGGUACGAGAGAACUUUUUGAUACCUACAAAGGUCAAAUUUCGAUUUACGGAUUUGAUGAACGGAUUAACAAGCUUACCAAUAAAGUUGCUGAUGGCGAUAAACUCACUGUAGGUAAUUUGAAAAUCGAAUGCAUUCAUACGCCGUGUCAUACUUCCGGGCAUAUUUGCUAUUACACUGUUGAUGAUAACAAUCAAAAAGCUGUUUUUACAGGAGAUACACUCUUUAUUGGAGGUUGUGGACGAUUUUUUGAAGGCACGGCACAGCAAAUGUAUGAUGCAUUAUGCGUUAAAUUGGCCAAAUUACCUGAUGAAACGGAAGUUUAUUGCGGACACGAAUACACAACUUCCAAUUUGCUUUUUGCACGUAGCGUCGAGAAAAAUAAUAAAAAGAUAGAAGAAAAACUAAAAUGGUCGAAGAUGAAAGAUAAUUCGAAAGAAUUUACAGUACCAUCAACAAUUGGAGAUGAAAAAAUUUUCAACCCAUUUAUGCGAGUCUCGUGA